AUGAAUUUGCAAGCAACUUUCGAUGACUAUCUCCCCCCAAUAACAUCUCUUCUCGCUUAUCGUCACAAUAUCACUAACAUGAUUCUACUUUACACCGGCAAUGUUCCGCAGAUGCUUGAUACACUCAAGACAACUGUGAAUAUUAUCGACGAUUGCGGUAACUUAUGGGUGUGUGAGCUAAAUUUUGUAACUUUUCCUUAUGAACACUUCAAGAUAGGACGGCGUUGGAAUAGGUUUGUGGAAGCUCGCAGGCUCCGUGAAGGUGUGAAGAUCAUAGGAGAUUUACGGUUGACUCAUGAGCAGUUGAAGGCGUAUGCGUUGGCCGAACUAGAAACGAUGUUGCAAAGUUUUGGAAAGAGUUUGUCUGAUUUUCCUCCAAUGCCAAAGGCGGAUGCAUCUUUAGUACCGGAUGUUGAGAGUAGGUUGAUUCACGAUGAGAUGAGUUAUAAUAGGCCUGUACUAGCUGCUCAACAUGACCGGAUGAUGUCAACCAUGACUUCAGAGCAACGUAAUGUAUAUGAUAAAAUAAUGACAAGAGUUAAGGAAGACAAACCUGGGUUGUUCUUCCUGUAUGGUUAUGGUGGUACUGGGAAGACAUUUAUUUGGAGGGCUUUAUGUGCUGCUUUGAGGUCUGAUGGUGAGAUUGUUUUAGCAUGUGCAUCAAGUGGGAUUGCUGCCUUGCUUAUACCCGAUGGAAGAACUGCACAUUCAAGAUUCAGUAUCCCUUUUACAAUAGACAAAUGCUCUAUGUGUGGAGUUACACCAAAUACACCGUUGGCAUCGCUGCCGAUCAAGGCUAAACUUAUCAUAUGGGAUGAAGCGCCAAUGAUGCACAAGCAUUGUUUCGAAGCACUUGAUCGAUCUUUGAGAGAUGUUCUUAAGACCGUUGACAAAAGAAACAAGGACAUACCAUUUGGUGGUAAGGUUGUUGUGUUAGGUGGAGAUUUCAGACAAAUAUUACCGGUAAUGCCAGGAAGUACGAGGCCAGAAGUUGUCAAUGCUUCAAUUAACUCAUCUCAUUUGUGGAGGUACUGUGAGGUCCUUACGCUUACAAAAAAUAUGAGGCUUCUAAGCAGCGCAUCUGAAUCAGACAUUGAGGGGAGGAAGUUGUUUUCUGAUUGGGUUUUAAGAGUUGGGGAUGGUACAAUUGGGGAUGGUACAAUUGGGGAAAUCAAUGAUGUCGACAUAUCUGUUGUUAUCCCGUCCGACUUGCUUAUUCCAAGUUCAGGUAAUCCUAUUGCAUCUAUCGUUGAUAGCACUUACCCAAAUUUGUUAGGAAACAUUGGUAAAGUAGAAUAUUUUCAAAGUAAAGCAAUAUUGGCGCCAAAGAAUGCCAUUGUUGAACAGGUUAAUGAUUAUGUGUUAGACUUGAUUCCUGGUGAAGAAAAAAUCUAUUUGAGUUACGAUACACCUUAUCAUAAAAACAUAGAUGGUGACGUUGUAGAUGACAUCCACACUCCUGAAUUCCUCAACACCUUUGUGGCGUCCGGAUUGCCAAAUCAUCGGUUGCAACUGAAAGUAGGAGCAUCUGUCAUGUUACUCAGGAACAUGGAUCAAAGUUUGGGCUUAUGUAACGGUACGAGAUUGAUCAUUACAAAGAUGGGAAAAUUUGUGCUCGAAGGACGGGUAAUAUCUGGUUCUAAUAUCGGUGAGAAAGUGUUUAUUCCAAGGUUAUCGCUAACACCAUCUGAUAAUAGAAUUCCUUUCAAAUUUAAACGAAGGCAGUUUCCGAUAUCUGUCUCAUUUGCAAUGACUAUUAACAAGAGUGAGGGUCAGUCGCUAGAACAUGUUGGUGUCUACCUACCGUCUCCUAUUUUUUCAUAUGGACAGUUGUACGUCGCAAUAUCACAGGGGUGGUUUAAAAAUAUUGAUUAA